CCGAACUGUAGGAGGCCCCUCGAGCCUGGAAUUAAAUUUGGGUCGGUCUCGUUGUCUCUCCCCGUGACAAGGGCUCGUCGAUGAGUGAUUCGGUCGAACAGAUCACGGAACUCAUCAGAUCCCUCGAAUGGAAAAUUCGCCGACAAAUUGUGUACUUCGAUGGAAUGUGCUCACUCGAGAGGCUCAGUUCCCGGCCUCUCUUCGGGGCCGAAGCGUCUUCCACACGCUUUCUUCUUGAGGAAGCUGAACUACUGUACUGAACCCGGGUCCAGUCCUGAUCUGUACAGGAGAUCCCUCGUGCCCGAUUUCGAAUUUGGUUCGGUUUCCUCGUCUCUCCUCAUGACAAGCGCAUGUGAAGAAGGCUUAUAAAUUGGAAAUCCGGCUCGGACAUCGGUGUAAUUUCUGUACGUUUCCACUGUAUCAGAAUUCUCCUGAGUGACAUGCACAUGUAAUAAAGGACUUGUCCACACUUCAAACAGGAAAGGCAGUACAUCCAAUUAUCCAAUUCUCCCAUAUA